GCGCGCGCUCCCCUUUCCCUGAUUUCGGGGCCCCGCCCCCUCCUCCUGGUGACGCCAAGCAGACCUGGCCGGGCUGAGAUCGGGGGCGCGCGCGCCCAGGUCCCGUGCUCGCUCCCGCGGCUCCGGAUCACUUCAAGAUGGCGGCGCUAAGCGGGGGAUCGGCUGAGGGGCCCUCACUGCUCAACGGGGACCUGGCGGCCGAGACGGGGAGCCUGAGCGGAGCCGGGGAGAUGUCUGCGGCCGGGGGAUACCCGGAGGAGGUAUGGAAUAUCAAGCAGAUGAUCAAGUUAACACAAGAGCACAUUGAAGCCCUUCUAGCGAGAUUUGGAGGAGACAAUAACCCCCCGUCAUUAUACUUGGAGGCCUAUGAAGAAUACACGAGCAAACUAGACGCCCUGCAGAAGAGAGAGCAGCAGUUACUGGAGUCCAUGGGCAACGGAUCGGACUGCUCCUCGCUGUCCUCCGACACCAUUCCCCUGGCGCCGCCGUCCCUUUCCAUCCUCCAGAACCCGUCGGAUUUCUCUCGCAUCAAUCCCAGGUCGCCACAGAAACCCAUCGUUAGAGUCUUCCUGCCUAACAAACAACGCACAGUGGUACCUGCCAGAUGCGGCGUCACCGUGAGGGACAGCCUAAAGAAAGCCUUGAUGAUGCGGGGUCUGAUUCCAGAAUGUUGUGCAGUGUACAGAGAUCAGGAUGGAGAGAAGAAACCAAUCGGCUGGGAUACAGACAUCAGCUGGCUCACCGGCGAAGAGCUACACGUGGAAGUUCUGGAGAACGUGCCCCUGACGACCCAUAAUUUUGUAAGGAAGACGUUCUUCACGCUGGCGUUCUGUGACUUUUGCCGGAAGCUGCUAUUCCAGGGAUUCCGUUGCCAGACUUGUGGGUACAAGUUCCACCAGCGGUGUAGCACCGAGGUGCCGCUCAUGUGUGUUAACUACGACCGACUUGAUUUGCUGUUUGUAUCCAAGUUCUUUGAACACCACCCAAUACCUCAGGAGGAAGCUCAUUUUGAGGAGGUUGCUCCAUCCGUUGAAUCUAGUUCCCCUUCACCCCCUCCAGAUGUCGUUGGACCCCCCAGCCUACCGAGCAACUCUCCGUCCAAAUCCAUCCCGAUCCCUCAGCCCUUCCGACCAGCUGAUGAAGACCACCGGAAUCAGUUUGGCCAGCGGGACCGUUCGUCCUCCGCGCCCAACGUGCACAUAAACACCAUCGAGCCCGUCAAUAUAGACGACUUGAUCAGAGACCCCGGACUCCAGCGGAGCGAGGGAGCCCCAAUGGUCCAGCCGACCCACAGCCAUCGGAAAUACCACUCUCGGAACCCCAGCCCACUCCUCCAUUCUGUCCCCAGUGAAAUAGUCUUUGAUUUUGAAUCUGACCCAGUUUGCAGAGUUUCGACUCCAGGGCUCUCUGCUACUCCCCCUGCAUCCCUCCCAGGAUCCCUCGCUAGUGUCAAAUCGCUACAGAAAUCCCCCGGCCAGCAGCGCGAGCGCAAGUCGUCCUCUUCCUCCACCGAAGACCGGAGUCGUAUGAAGACGCUUGGACGUCGAGACUCCAGCGAUGAUUGGGAAAUCCCAGAUGGACAAAUCACGGUUGGGCAAAGAAUAGGAUCCGGAUCCUUUGGGACAGUGUAUAAGGGAAAAUGGCACGGGGAUGUUGCAGUGAAAAUGUUGAAUGUAACUGCGCCGACGCCACAGCAACUACAGGCCUUUAAAAAUGAAGUUGGCGUGCUUAGGAAAACACGACACGUAAACAUCUUACUUUUCAUGGGUUACUCCACCAAGCCCCAGCUGGCGAUAGUCACCCAGUGGUGUGAAGGUUCCAGCCUCUACCACCACCUGCACAUCAUAGAGACCAAAUUCGAGAUGAUUAAGCUCAUUGACAUUGCCCGGCAGACGGCGCAGGGCAUGGACUACUUGCACGCAAAGUCGAUCAUCCACAGAGAUCUGAAGAGCAAUAAUAUCUUUCUUCAUGAAGACCUCACAGUAAAGAUAGGUGAUUUUGGUCUUGCCACAGUGAAGUCCCGAUGGAGCGGUUCUCAUCAGUUUGAACAGUUAUCGGGGUCCAUUCUUUGGAUGGCUCCAGAAGUAAUUAGGAUGCAGGACAAGAACCCAUACAGCUUUCAGUCUGAUGUCUACGCAUUCGGCGUAGUACUGUAUGAAUUGAUGACGGGGCAGCUACCCUACUCUAACAUCAACAACCGAGACCAGAUCAUUUUCAUGGUUGGAAGGGGCUACCUGUCCCCUGACUUCAGCAAGGUUCGAAGUAAUUGUCCUAAAGCAAUGAAGAGGUUAAUGGCAGACUGUCUGAAGAAGAAGAGAGAUGAGCGCCCCCUAUUCCCGCAGAUACUCGCGUCCAUCGAGCUCCUGGCCCGCUCGUUGCCAAAAAUUCACCGCAGUGCGUCCGAGCCGUCCCUGAACCGAGCCGGCUUCCAGACGGAGGACUUCAGCCUGUACACUUGCGCUUCUCCAAAAACUCCCAUCCAGGCCGGCGGAUAUGGUGGGUUUGUGAUACACAGACUAUGAGGGGCCGGACCGACGGCGAAAAUGCCCUUUUUUUUGUUGCAAGCACUUAACUCCCUGCUGGCAGGAGUUUCCAGACGCCUUAUGUAGCAGAUCGUUUCCCAAAACGCCGUUGUGAUCGUACAUGAAAUGAUGCCGAUGAGUGUGCCGUCACGCUGUGUACCUCUCUGUAAAAACCUGCUCGUGUUUGUGUAUAUAGUGUGUGUGAUAUUGUGUAUACUUCCAGUGUUUAAAGAAUGUUCUGUUUUGUGCAUUAAGCCCAAUUUUUUCUUUUAUUUUAUUAGAACUUUUGUUUGGGGGGGGAGAGUCUUAGGUCAUUAAACUAAGAACUGGGACGAACACUAAAUUAUUGUGGGUUGUAGUAGAUUGUUUGGGUUGUUUUAGUCCUUUAUUGUAAUUAUAUCCGCUUUAUUGAAAAGAAA